AUGACCACCGCAACCGUCGCCAGCCCGGUUCCUCCGGCGCUUGUCCAGGGCCUCAGCACGACCCCGGCUGCGCAGCCUCCGCCCGGCCAGCCAGACAUCGCCUAUCAUCCGGACUGGCAGAAGUACCAGGCCCGAGUUGCCCGCCGCACCAAGACUGAGGACCUCCCAACGACGCUGCCCGAAGGGUUCCCCAAGGAGUUGAAGGGCGAUCUGGUCUGGGACGGCAAGACUCUCGCCCAGAAGUACGACUGGACCUACGUGCUCUCGGCGGACCAGUUAGCGGAAAUCGACAGCGCCGUCGUUCAUUUCAAGUCUCUCAAUCUCCCCUUUGGCUACAUCGCUCAGGAGACGUUCCCGCUUCCCACCCUGCAUGCAGAGCUGCGCCGCCUGUCCCGCGAGCUGCAUUUUGGUCACGGCUUCUUCGUCCUCCGCGGCCUUGAUGUCGAUCGGUACACGCGCGAGGAAAACAUCAUCAUCUACACUGGUGUCUCCUCGCACAUCGGCUCCGUUCGCGGCCGGCAGGACGCGUAUCACAAGGGCAAGCGCGCCGACGUGGUCAUUGGGCAUGUAAAGGACGUCAGAUCUAACCUUGGAGAGAAAAGAGACAAGGAACAGAUCAAGAUCGGCACUCCAGCAUACACCGCCGACAAGCAGGUCUUCCAUACCGAUUCAGGCGAUAUUGUCUCGCUGUUCGCGCUCUCGACGGCUGCUGAGGGAGGUGCCAGUCGUUUGGCCAGCACGUGGCGCGUAUACAAUCACCUGGCGGCAGAGAGACCUAACCUCAUCCACACGUUGAGUGAAACGUGGACUGCGGAGCUCUUCACCAAGACUGUCGACGACAAGGACAGAUAUAUGAGCCGACCCUUGCUGUACUACACACCCGCCAGCGCCGACGGCAAGACUCCCGACAGAGCGCUGCUUCAGUAUGGCCGGCGCUACUAUGUCGGGUUUGGGGAGCUUCCGCGCAGCAGGCACCUGCCACCCAUCACCGAGGCCCAAGCCGAGGCUCUUGACGCUCUGCACUUCCUGGGUGAACGAUUUGGAGUGUCAACCAACUUCGAGAAGGGCGACAUGCAAUACGUUAACAAUGUGGCCAUACUUCACUCGCGGGAUGGGUUUAUUGACUCGGAGGACAAGCAGAGACACCUGCUACGCCUGUGGCUCCGCGAUCCCGAGAACGCGUGGGAGACUCCAGCACCGCUCGCUUCGAGAUGGGAUCGCGUGUAUGGUGGAGUGAGUGUCGACUUGCAGACGUUCCCGCUCGAGCCUCACACCCGUAGCGAGAGUUCGCCCCGGACGAAGUGA